AAAGAAGACGAAAAUUCGAGAGCUAUAUAUUUACACGUUUGCACGUACAUGACAUAAUCUUUGUGACAUUUUCAUAAUAUUUUCCAUGCAGAAUGCCAUUUUUCCGAGAUUUCUUCCACAAUUUGUUCGGCAGUGGUGCGAACGACCCAAAAAAUCAAAGAUCGGAUGAAUUUCCACCUUAUAGAGAUCGAUUUAGAAAUCCUAUUUGGCAAAAUGAUGAAGAAGAUGAUGAUGAAUAUGAUAAUGACGGCAGACAUUUUGGUCCCAGACAAGGAUUUCACUUCAAAAUUUUCACAAAUCCUUUUGAAAUGACUCAGUAUUUCGAAUCUCAAAUGGACAGUAUGAUGAAAGAUUUCUUUAAUUUUGGAUUCAACCAGGGACCAGGAAUGAUUCCAUUCGAUGACCAAAAUCUACCUCAAUUAAUGCCACCACCAGAACGUCAACAUAAAAGUUUGAGAGAAGAAUUUCUGAAGCCGGGUUAUGAUUAUUCGUCCUCCAAUCCUGAAGAAAAAGUUGAUAUAGAUUUAGACGGAAAGAUAUCUGCUCAAGAUUUCUCCAAGAUUUGGAAGGAUCCUAAUUCUUCAGAAAAUAUGCAGCUUGACGUUCCACAAAAUAAGUUUAACUUCCAUUCUUUUGGUCAAUCAAUUGUUUCUCAAACAGUAAGACGUCCAGAUGGCUCAAUUGAGGAAAAGAAAACCGUUACUGAUAGUCAAGGAAAUGCAGAGACUACAGUCAGACGUAAAAUUGGAGAUAAAAUUUAUACAGUUAUUACUAAGAGAGAUAAAGAUGGUGUAGAAAGAAAGACAGAAGAGUUUCAAAAUAUAGAUGAACAUGAAGUCCAAAAUUUUGAGAACAAUUGGAAACCUGUUGAGCCAGCGCCAAUUCAACCAGGUAUUUUAUCUGAUUUCCCUUGGCAGAAAUUUGUUGGAUUCAACCCUAAAUUGUAGAGAUUAAAAAAUUAUUUAGAAGAAAAA